UCAUGUGUCAAAAUGGCUACACUCAAAGGGUUACUAUCCCGAAGAUGAUGAAGAAAAUGCCAUUAUUCAAGUGCAAACUAAACAACAAGCACUGGUCAGCAAGUUUUUUAUUAGAUUUCCAUCAGAAUCGGACGCUUGGCGUGCCGUGCGCCGUUUUCAUAACGUGACAUUCAGAGCCGCUACGUUUAACAACCGAUAUAAGAUCAGAGCGGCUGUAGCAUACUAGACAUUUAAAAUAAAUCCUUUUUUACAUUACACUACCUACGUAAUUGCAGAUAUAUGAAUCCACCGUUCUCUAGACUAGAGACAUCCGGUUCUGGUCCUCGGCCGCUGACGUCGAGCCGAUCUCAGAUCUCUCCAACUAGAGGUACUUUCCCGCUCUCGGGCGAUCCUCGAAGCAAUACUACAAGACGGCCUCCUCCUAGCUCAUUAGGUCCCAUUAUUCCUCGAGAUUCCAGUACAGCAUCGCAGAUUGGCUUCUCUUAUGCUACUGUCAUUGAGCCUUCGCUUGGAGGUGAUCACAACCUACCCAUCGCCCCUCCUUCUCGCAGCCGAGCAAGCCUGGACUAUGAGAGAGACAAGCCAUUGUCACCAGUACCCUUAGAAAAGGAUUCAUAUUCACCUACAAGGGCGGGACAAGAGAGAUCAUCACUAGACAUCCCACCUCUAUGGAAAUCGAUGCGUGAAACCGUCAUGAAGGAGGACGAUGGUCCACUACAACCAGCUUUGGAUUCGACAGAAGACUAUUUAAUACAGCUACUUGUACAGCAAUCUGUCAUAGAUUCAAAAGAUUUCGAGAUUUUGACGCUUGAGCAAGUCGAAGAGUUGAAGAAGGAUCAUGUUAGUCUUACGUCAAGAAUAGCGAAUGUCACCACACGCCUAACUUUGGAAUCGAAAAUGAGAGAAGCAGCCCAGUCCCUCACUCAUCUUCAUUCUUCUAACCGAAAGAUGGCACAAGAGGCACAGACUCAACUUGCUGCAGCAAAUCGUCAGGUUGACCAUGUCGCAUCUGAACUGUUCAACCUUACUCAAUCUGGAUCCAGUACUCAACGCAAACUCCUGGAGCAUAUGGCUGGUGCUCUAAGCAUAGGUAUCAAGCGGCUUGAAGCUCAAUUGUCCCAAAAGCAGCAACCAGAUCAGCAGCAGAUGAAUCAAGAGUUGGCUGUUAUGACUCGAAAGGUUCAGGAGCGAGAGGCGACUAUUGCAGAUAGGGAUCGAGAAAUAGAGCGAUUGAGGAUGCAACUCAGAGCGCAGACCAUGGACGAAUCGGCAGAAGCCGUCAUUGAACAGCGGGAGCGAUCUAUCUCAGAACUUCGAUCAGAACUUGAACAAGUCAGCAAUAGACUCGAUUUCAUUAUACGGCGAGAGAGUUUAUUAUCCGCCUCUGACCCCAAUAGUAGGCUUGAAGACGACGACGACUCACAUUCUGCCGAUGGUCAGCCCAAGGACACUGCAACCAUAUCUCUGCAACUCGAAAAAAUGAUAUCGACUUUGGAAGACCGUUUGGUUGAUUAUCGCCAGAAGUCCACCCGACUUGAGGUGGAACUGGAAGAAAUGGAGCAGCAAAAGAAUGAGAGUCUUCAUGCUAUCAAGAGCUAUGAAUCUCGACCCGAUCAAGCAAGCUAUGAGGCUCUGCGGUUGAAGUUAGAUACGGAGCAGCAGGCGAGAAACAAUGCCGAGACCAAAUGCAAGGAGCUUGGUGAAAAAAUCCAACUCUUGGAAAAUAUGAAGCGUGAGGCGGAGCAAAGCGGUGGUGCUUCUAGCGAAGAGUUGUUAAAACUCUCCGCCGAGGUGGAGAAGUUAGAGCGCCAUCAAAGAGAACGUGAAGCCGAACUUGAAAGCAGUUUGACAGAUGCUCGUGGAACAAUCGAAGAGCUAAGAGUAGCUCAAUCUGCUCUAAUAUUUGAGAUCAUGGAUUUCGAACCAACGUCUGAAGAUACCACCAACAUCGAUGAAUGCAAAGAUCGCAUUCGAGAUAUCAAAUCUAAUGCUGACAAGUUGAAUUCGGAACUGAAUGCACUCGAAAAAUCGCUGUCUGAGAGCAGAAUUCAUGAAGAGCUACUUGAACGCGAAAAGGCUACUCUCCUUCAAGAGUCACAAAGAUUACGCACCAAGAUGUCAGAGAUGGAGGUCAAGUCAAAUACAUCCAACUCGGUCGCCACGGCAGCCAGUGCUAGAGAGCGAUCCCUGCAAAUGGAACUUCAACAAUUCAGAGCAGAGGCAUUCGACCUUCGUGAGCAAAAAGAGAAGUGGGAAAAGACUAUGCGCAGAGACUCUGUCCUGCAAGUUGUUCAUGGCGGUGGUGAUAGUCUGAAGGCACAGUACGAACAAAUGAUGCAAGAACAAGCUGAAGAAUAUGAGGCUCAGCUGAAAGAGCAAUCUGCUCUUUUGGAGAAGACACUUCGCGAAAAGGAUGCUUUGGAUAGCGAAAAGCAAAAACUUGCUGCGAUGUCUCAAGAUCUGGAAGACCUUGUUCGAGACAAGAUUCGCACUUUGGACAGUAAAGAAGGCACAAUCAGUCGCCUUGAGAUGGAGCUCGCCGAAGUCAAGGUUCGACUGGUAGAAGCUCAAACUUCUGAUAACAGAGGUGCCAAUUCAGCUAUGAUGGACGAAUUGAGCCAGCUUCGCAUGGAAAAUACAACUAUGGAAGCUGAACUCAACAUCACGCAAGAUCAAUUGCAAGCACUGCAAUCACGAUUUGAAAGCGCGCAAAAGCAAUUCUCUCAGAUGGAAGAAGCUAUGUACAAGAGAUCGGAGCGCCUGGAAGAUGACUUCGAGGGUAUCAUGAAGGAGUACGAGCGCAUCACAGGAAACCUCAUGAACCUCGAGAGUGAACGACAUGGUCACGAACGUCGCUAUAACGAACUACAAGAACAUGCGCACAGAUUAGAGUUCGAUCUCGCAGACUAUAAAAUCAAGGCUAUGGGUGUUGCCGAGCAAGGAAAUGAGAGCGGCACCACGGCCUCUUUGAGAAAGGAGUUCCGAAAACUCACGAAUGAGAUGAAAUCAGAGCAUCAUGAAGUGCUUAUGCGUGAAGUUUUGGAACGGAAACGUCUUGAAGCGACGGUCAGAGAUAUGCGUCGAGACGAAGAAAUGCGCCGGUGGGACAAGGUCAGCAAAGGUGUGCAAACCAAUCUGUUGUUAGUGUAAUACCAGGUUUUAUUUUUGGUCUUGUAUUUGUAAAUGAAUAUUAU